AUGACUGACAUCCUAGAACGCUUAGCUGAUAGGCAAGGUCCUGGAUCACUUAACCAACUUGGGGGACGAGAAAGAGGAGAGGACCGAGCCUUAGAAAGAUUUUUGAAGUUUAAUCCGCCUAAAUUCGUUGGUGAACCCGAUCCUAAGGUAGCGGAGAAUUGGUUGGAAAGAAUGACCAAUAUAUUCGCCGUCUUAGACUAUGCUGAGAAUAGGCAAAGGGAGGAUGAAUUUAUCAAGUUGAAACAAGGGACCCUUAGUGUAGCUGAAUACGAAGGAAAAUUUACUAAACUUUCUAAAUAUGCCCCUGAAUUGGUAACCAAUGAGCGGAAGAGGAUAAGGCGGUUUGUGCAGGGACUUAAUGUAAAAAUCCAGGAGGGCUUAGCUGCAGCUCAAAGCUCCACAUUUACUGAGGCUUUAGAGAAAGCGCAACGGGUAGAAAGUGCAAGAAUGCAAGUUAAAAACUUUCACAAUAUGAAGAGGAACUUUUCUAGUCGUACUUCUAGACAGACUAGUAAGAGUUCACAGCCUUCUAAAAUUGGAAAAGGAAUGAGAGGAUUAAGGACUACUGGACCUCCUAGGGAAGCUUUAUCCAGAGGAGGUCGUAGUGGACCGGUUCAGAAUAGGGGAGCGCCUUCUAGUGGUUUAGCCAUGACCCCUCAAGUCACUUGUGAAUACUGUGAAAAAUCUAACCACUCUGAGAAUGAAUGCUGGAGGAAGUCUAGGAAGUUUUUGGCUUGUGGUAGCACGGAGCACCAACUCGUGAACUGUCCAAGUAAAACGAAGAUGGGAGGGUUUUUACCUUACUUGGACCAAUUUGUCGUGGUCUUUAUUGACGAUAUUUUGGUGUAUUCUAAGAAUAUGGAGGAUCAUGAGAAGCACUUGAGGAUUGUUUUGCAAACUCUAAGGGAACACCAAUUGUAUGCUAAGUUUAUCAAGUAUGAGUUUUGA